UGCAGACCCCCGCUUAUAAAAUGAAGCUACAUCCCACGUUUCAACGAAACAAGAACCAGAAUAAACCAACUCAAACAUGUUCAUUACGCGGUCCUUAAUUAUAUUGGUUCUAGUAACCACGUGCCUGGGUACCGAAAAAAACCAGCAGGGAAGCUUCGAUGAUUUGCUCAAUUUAGUUAACGAAAACAUACAGCGUUCUCAACAAUAUGUUAAACCCAAAAACAAUUCCUACAUGUCGCAAACUGAAGAUGAUAAACUGUAUGAUUAUGGUGCGUUUGAUUUCGUUAUUGUCGGAGGAGGAACAGCCGGUUCAGUUAUGGCGAGAAGACUGAGCGAAAUCUACAAAUGGAGCGUUCUCGUUUUAGAGGCAGGCGAUAAAGAAAACCAGUUCACUGACAUCCCUUACAUGAACGUUUAUACAUUGAACUCGGAGUAUAAUUGGGGAUACCAGACUGUUCCACAAAAAAACAGCUGUUUAGGUAUGGUGAAUAAAACGUGCAUGUUCAACACGGGAAAAGGCCUCGGAGGCUCCGGCAUUCUGGGCGCCAUGAUCUACACCAGAGGCAACCGAGAAGAUUUCGACGGCUGGGCGAGCUCCGGCCUCACCAGCUGGAGCUACCAGAACGUCCUUCCGUAUUUCAAAAAGAGCGAACGCAUACAAACCCCGGAUUACGACGAAGGCUUCCACGGAACCCAAGGACCUCUGUGCGUCAAUUACACAGCCCCCGACUCCUUAACUUACGGGAACUUUUUGGAGUCCUGCAAAUUGGCGGGGCUGAAGAACAUCGAUUACAACGGCAGGCACCAAGUGGGGGUGUCCCGCGCUCCGAUGACGAUUGACUUCAACAAGAGACUGUCCGGUGGAAGCGCCUUCGUGUUGCCUGUUAUAAACACAACCAGCAACCUCAAUGUUACUUUACACGCGUUCGUCACGAAGCUCCGUUUCUCUGGAAACGCCGUCACCGGCGUGGAGUUCGUCAAAGACAAAAAACGCUACUUGGUUAAAGCCAAAAAAGAGGUUAUUUUAUCCGGUGGUGCCGUCAACACACCCCAAUUGCUGCUUUUGAGCGGCGUGGGUCCAAAAGAAGAUCUCGAGAAGUUGGGUAUACCAGUUGUGAAAAACCUACCAGUUGGACAACGCCUCGUGGAUCAUCCUGCCUUCGCGGCGUUGUACAUAAGAACCAAUGUUACUACACCCAUGAGGUCUGUUCCGGAGUAUUUGAAGGGAUGGACGGAGGGGCAAACUCCUUUUACUAGGGUUUUCGAUAGCGAUAGUAUUGCUUUUAUUAACACCAAGAAACCUGGAUUUGAGCCAGCGGAUAUUGAAUUGCUGACAACGACUGCACCUUUUAGUGUCCCACCAGGAAGUACAUACAAUUUGAACAAAAUCUACUCAGAUUCCUUCCUAAAAUACAACACUUUAACCGACUUUUUGGUGUACGUGAUACUAGUAGCGCCGAAAUCGCAGGGAAACAUUAAAUUGCAAUCCAACAAACCCGAAGACUUCCCUCUAGUAAAUCCUCAAUACUUCACUGACGCUAAUGGCGAAGAUAUCGAGGCAGUGUAUGAAGGAAUAAAAUUUGUACACAAUCUCGUCGAGCAACCGCCAUUGAAAUCCAUAGGAGCUCGCGUUGUCACCGAAUCUCCCAGCUGCGAGCAUUUGAAGAAAUCGCAAUUAGACAAGGAUUAUUGGUAUUGCACUAUACAACACAUAUCUACUCCGGUGUACGAACCCUCAGGCACAACGAGAAUGGGCUUGAACCCUGAUGAUUCGGUUGUAAAUGAGAAUCUGAAAGUUCACGGUUUUGAUAAUUUGCGGGUCGUAGAUGCCGGGGUUAUGCCCAGUAUUGUUAGAGGAUACAUGCUGGGUUCUGUUUAUAUGAUUGCUGAAAAAGCGGCUGAUUUGAUCAAGGAAGAAUAUAAAAUGUUUCUAUUUGGGGUGUAUCUUGCAGCACCAGCUGAUCUAUCAGAUGCAAAAUCAGCUAGAAUAUUAAAAUUCGACCACGACGAUUCCGGUAAAGGAUCAUACCGAUACGGUUUUCAAAGCAGCGAUGGUGUGACAAAAGAAGAAUCCGGCGAAAUCCACUACCCCGGCACCAAACGCGAGUUCAUGAAAGUCACCGGCGUAUUCUCGUACCCCGGCCCCGACGGCGUGAUGUACGAAGUCAGGUACACCGCCGACGACCAGGGCUUCCACCCGGAGGGCGACCACAUCAAGGUGCCCCCGUUCGUCCCGUGGGUCCACCACGACGACGACUCCAGCGACACCAGAGACAGCGAAACGGGCCGGAUCGACCAAGUCGUGCUGACCACCCCGAAGCCCACCCCCGAGUACCUCCCCACGGCCACGACUUACCUGCCCAGCUCGCCCAGCAGCACCCCGAAGCCGGUCUACAGCGCGGGGGAGAGCGUGCUGGAGGCCUUCGGCAGCGGCCCGUCGAGCUGCGUGGUGCAGCCGCCUCAAUGCGCCGCCCCGGCGUCGAAGGAGGGUUUUGGAUCCACGCCUGUGCCUACCGGUAUAUACCUGCCGUCCACCGGGGGGCCGGUGGAGGUUGGCGAGGUCAGGGGCCAGAGCUUCCUGAGCACUCCCAGCCCGAAUCCUGAGGUGCAGUUUAACUCGACGCCGCCGCCGCAGUUGCGGAAUUUCCGGGCCGCUGCGCCGGCGCCGCAGGUCGGGAAGCCUAACCAACCUAUGAUGAUGCUGUUCAUCGGGCCCAUGGGGCCCCAGUUCAUACCUAUCAUGAAGUAG